AUGUGCAUUAAGUUUAUCCCCCUGAGCCUCUACGAGCAACUUGAGAGGCAUACGAACCGAUACUUCCUGUUCAUCGCCAUCCUGCAGCUGGACCCGCAUCUGACCCCAACCCAUCCAGCCACAACCUGGGGCCCUCUCGCCAUCAUCUUCAUCUUCACGGCGAUAAGGGAACUGGCGGAUGACUGGCAGCGGUUCCUCGCCGACAGGUCCGCCAACAGCCGGCAGUAUACGGUGAUGAGUGCGGCAGGGAACGAAGCCAAGGGCAACAUGGACUUCAAGAAGUUGGAUGCAGAGAUGAUAUCAGUCGGCGACCUUGUGGUGAUCAGGCAGGAUCAAGAGAUCCCGUGCGAUAUCAUGCUCUUAGGAACGUCGCACGCGGAUGGAUGCUGCUUCAUCGAAACCUCCAACCUUGACGGGGAAGCUGACUUCAAACUGCGCAGAACCCCUCCUCUGUCUUCGACCCAAUCGCUGAAGGAGAUCAAGAGCCUCGUCUCAGAGAUCGACUGUAUCGAGGUGCCGUACGAUGCUCAGCACGAGCUGAAGGGAAUGCUAUGGGUCCUCAAGAGCAAAGCGGAAAUGGACCUUGACGUGAUGGGAAGGAGCGAAGCUCGGCACGGGUAUCCCAUCGGGGAGACCCAAGCUCUGCUACAAGGAUCGCAGUUGAAGAACACCGAAUGGGUCUGUGGGAUCGCCCUGUACACAGGGAACCAGACGAGGCUCGGACGAUCCCGCCGUCCUCCAGCGUGUAAGCGAUCCGAGCUCGACGGCGCCAUCGACAGCAUCUCUGCGGUCGUGUUUGUUGGGCAGGCGAUCCUUGCAGCCAUCCUUGGGGGGCUGGGUAACCAAUGGAUGAGCAUGCACGGAGAGGGAGCAUGGUAUCUUAGAUCAGCCGUGAGCUCGGAAGGGCUCAGCCUGUAUGAGUCAGCGGUGAUUCCCCUGAGAUUUCUCCUGCUGAUGUCUACCCUCAUCCCGCUCUCAAUCCAAGUCACCAUGGACACUUGCAAAUGGCUCUACUCCAUGUGGAUCGGAUGGGACCUCGGCAUGUCUCAGUGCGAUCGGGUGGGUAAGCGAGACGCUGAACGAGGAGGAGGAGGAGGCGCGACGCUGCGGAACAGCGACAUCGCGGAGAACCUUGGUCAAGUCGGUAUCCUCCUGAGUGACAAGACAGGGACUUUGACGGAGAAUCUGAUGGCGCUCAAGGCGUGCUCGAUCAACGGCAGGAUGUAUGGGGAGCCAACGGCAGAGAGCGAGAGGAGGAAGGUGCAGUCAGACCCGAGGCUGAUCGCGGCGAUCGAGAGGGGGGACGAGAGCUUGUUCAACUACAUGAGAGCUCUUGCUCUCUGCAACACAGUCGCCACUGUGAAAGGAGACGCGAGCAAUAAGAAGGAGGAGGAGGAAGCAGCCAAUGACUAUGAGAACGAAGGGGUCGUGUAUGAAGCCAGCUCCCCCGACGAAGAUGCGCUGGUUUCGUCUGCGAGGGCCCUUGGGUUCCCGCUGCUUGACCGAUCGACAGACACGAUCUCGAUCAGAGUCAGAGGGCAGGUGGAGACGUAUCGCAUCCUCCGUGAGCUGGAGUUCAGCUCAGAUCGCAAGAGGAUGUCUAUCGUGCUCGAGAGGUGCUAUGACAACGGCCCCGACAGCCGGGAAAAACUCUACAUGUUCACCAAGGGAGCCGAUGAGGUCUUGCGGCCCCUCCUCGCUCCCAACCAGGUGGGGGAGACAGUCGCGCACAUCGACGACUUUGCGAGGAUGGGGCUGCGAACGCUGCUGGUCGCGUUCAAGAGGCUCGAGAGGAAGACACGUUUGUCUUUCUCACUUGUGUCUUCGCUUGAUGGCAGGGAGGCACGGAUCUUGCAAGCUUAUGAGAUGCUUGAGAGCGGCAUGCAACUGCUGGGAGCCACAGGGAUCGAAGACAGACUGCAGGAGGGAGUUUUUGACACGAUGAUGAGCUUGCGAGAUGCUCAGAUCAAAGUUUGGAUGGUGACAGGCGAUAAGCUGUCAACGGCCAAACAGCAGAUCCAAGAAGUCUGCUCUGCAAACUCGUCCAGCUCGUCUGGCGGCGUGCUGGGGAAGGUCAACAUGCAAGGGAACUUGCGGCACAGUGUCAAGAGCGUCCUCAAUGGCGGCGGGCAACACGCGUGUGGAGUGUCGGCUCUGAUCACGGGAAGCUGCUUGUCCGCCAUGUCGGAGAGUCAGAAGAUGAAGUUCACGCACUGCGCGUUGAGUUUGGAUUCGGUCGUCUGCUGCCGUCUCACACCUGACCAGAAAGCGCCUGUCAUUGCAUCCAUCGGCGAUGGCGCAAACGACGUCGCGAUGAUACAAACCGCUCAUCUUGGGAUCGGCAUCAUAGGAAGGGAGGGAGCGCAUGCUGUUCGUGCCUGCGACGUCUCCGUCGUUUACUUCCGCGACAUUCGCCGCUUGUUCUUGUUGCAUGGGACAUUCUCAUACCAGAGGAGCGCGCUCAUUGCUCAACUUUCCUUCUUCAAGUCCUGGGCGUUCUGUUUCGGGCAGGUCUUCUUCGCCUACUUCUCGGGGUUUGGAGGAACGAGCAUGUACGACCCGUUCAGCAUCGCAGCAUGUGAGUCUUGA